GUGCACAUAUUUAAAUUUGGCAGUACAGUGAACAUCAGCCAUUCUGACCACAAAGGGAACAAACUUACAUUUGGUUUCUUUACUGAAAUUCUUGUGAUCUACACUGGUUGCUCACUCUCUUCAAAAUGUUCUGCGGGGACUAUGUUCAAGGAACCAUCUUCCCAGCUCCAAAUUUCAAUCCUGUGAUGGAUGCCCAAAUUCUAGGGGGAGCACUCCAAGGAUUUGAAUGUAACAAAGACUUGCUGAUUGACAUCUUAACACAACGCAGCAAUGCACAGCGGCAGAUGAUAGCUGGGGCCUACCAGAGCAUGUAUGGCAGGGACCUGAUUGCAGAUCUGAAGGAGCAACUUUCAUCUCACUUCAAAGAAGUGAUGGUGGGCCUGAUGUACUCCCCACCAGCUUACGAUGCUCAUGAACUCUGGCACGCCAUGAAGGGUGCAGGCACUGAUGAGAACUGCCUCAUUGAAAUAUUAGCUUCAAGAACAAAUGGAGAGAUUUUCCAGAUGCGAGAAGCAUACCUUUUACAAUACAGCAAUAACCUUCAAGAGGACAUUUAUUCAGAGACCUCGGGACACUUCAGAGAUACUCUCAUGAACUUGGUUCAGGGAAACAGAGAGGAAGGAUAUGCAGAUCCUGCCAUGGCUGCUCAGGAUGCAAUGGUCCUGUGGGAAGCUUGCCAGCAGAAGACUGGGGAGCAUAAAACUAUAAUGCAGAUGAUCCUAUGCAACAAGAGCUCCCCACAGCUCUGGCUGGUUUUCCAGGAAUUUCAAAAUAUUUCUGGCCAAAGCCUGGUGGAUGCCAUCAAUGACUAUUACGAUGGCUACUUCCAAGAGCUGCUGGUUGCAAUUGUUCGCUGUGUCCAGGACAAAGCAAGCUAUUUUGCAUAUAAAUUAUACAGAGCAAUCCAUGACUUUGGCUUCCAUAAUAAAACUGUCAUCAGGAUUCUAAUCGCCAGAAGUGAAAUAGACCUAAUGACCAUAAGGAAACGUUACAAAGAGAGAUUUGGGAAAUCCUUGUUUCAUGAUAUCAGAAAUUUUGCUUCAGGGCACUAUGAGAAAGCACUGCUCGCCAUAUGUGCUGGUGAUGUGGAAGACUACUAAAAUAAGUAAAAAAUGGGAGAACUCACAGGUCUUGUAACCCUCCUUACAGUCGCCUCAGAUACAGACUGUGGAACCUGCGCUGUUAUUGACACUGAAAUGCAACUAUAGAAUCAUAUUUCUCUUCUAUCUCUAAAAUUAUUCUGAGAAAAAACUACUGUUGAAAAUGUAAUCCUG